UAUUAAUCAAGUGAGGCUCUUCUUUCUCGCCUCUGGUUUCUUUCCGCCUCGCAGAGCCUCUGGAACCAGGGUAAGAGUCGCUUUAAAAAGAAACAGCAGCCAGAAUAUGUGUUACAAAAUAUUUGUCGUUUUGGCAAUAGUGUUGACCUUCUCAACCAUGGGUAAGGAAAUAAUUUAUUACAGUCAGAAUACAAGAACACUUCCGCUUCUGUAACUUGUUUUGUAUUUCUGUAAAAUGUUCUAUUUUUUUUGUAGCGAUUUAUACCGCUUUAUCGGCAAAUAUGGCGCGGUAGGGUCCUGUAGAAUUUUGCUUUCCUUCCUUUAUAUACGUUGAUUUGUAGCAAUGGAUACACCUUUGCAUAAAAGUCGCGAAACGUAGAUCUUAUAGCGAUAUUUGCUGAUAAAUCGGUUUUAAACCGCCGCUCAUAGACAUAGUGUGUUGAUCAGUCAUACUAUACAAAUUUAAAAUUACCGACUACAAUCAUUUGAUGUACUAAAAUCAAAAUCUCUAUUUCUUUUAUGGAAAGAAUCUAACGAAAGGUAUACAGUAUAUCCUUUGCUACAAAUUGACGUAUGUAAAGGAAAGAAAGGGAAAUUCUACCGCGAUAUUUGCCGAAAAGGCGGUAAUCGCUACAGAAAAGUAGAACAAAUUACAGAAAUACAAAACAAGUUACAGGAGUGGGAUGGUUCUUGUAUUUUGACUGUAUUAACCCACGAUAUGUAUAAAUAGCAUGCCGUAUUGUAUUUUGAAUUCAGCGCCGUAAUUCGUAUCUUAAUGUACGUUAUUUAUUUAAAAUAACAACAAAAUUUGUGGAUGUUGCGUCAUUCAGUAAUUGCAUAUUAAUAACAUAUUUAUCAUCGUAGGGUGUGCCCUGAAAUGCUACGCGUGUUUUUACAGUUCGAACCUACCGGUACCGACAUCUCUACAAUACUGUAACAAUAUUACAGUUGAUUGUCCAACUACAUACUGUUAUUCUGUUUCUUAUACCACGAGUAAAGGCAUAUCUGCUGUUCGACGAGGCUGUGACAACAUUCCCAACGAAAAAUAUUGUCCAAAUAGUGGCGAAGCAUGCCAAAGGCAAAGAAACAGUGGUCAAUUUAAUAUCACAUCAUGCUCUGAGACCUGCUGUACCACCGAUCUUUGCACCAGUGCCACAGUGCGUGUCAUGGCCGCGAAAUUUAUUCUCUGUUUGAUGAUCAUUGUGGGAUAUUUCUUAGCUUAAAUUUUUAAGACGCCGUUUAAACUAGAGCGAAAGAUUCCGUAUUCAUGACAAAACCGAAACGUUUUGGCAUCGGAUUCAUACAUGCGUUUACACAUACAGCGACGAAUCCGGUGGAAAAUCAUCUCGGUUUGUAGGACGUAUCCGAAAACUUUGAAUCCGGGAAAAAAGUAGAAACUUUGUAUCCGGAAACAUUUGAAUCCGGAGAAAACUCGUGUAAACGGCCUUCCGUAAAGAAUCUGAAUCAAUUUGUUCCGGUGUAUGUUUUUCAAAUGUAUUGCUAUUAAAUUCAACCGCCAAACAAGGUCAAAACAUCGCAUAAUAUCACUGAGAGGGUUAAAAUUAUUUACGUUAUAUUGACCGGCACCGCUGUGUCGGGCUGUGUACGCGUAGUGUAAACUUAGCCUCGCGGAUCCAUAUAUACUUGAAAAACAAGGAAUCCGGAUACUUUUACAAAUCCGGAAACUUUUGCUCUAGUGUAAACGUAGUCUAUUAAAGAAUAUAUAUAAGUUCUUUCUGUAUCUGGUAACAUUUAGUUUACGCUAUAUACUGCCUAUAGUGAUUCACAGCGGAGCAGCUUAUUGAAUAUUGUGAUGACAAAGAAUGAAAUAAUAGCAUUUGCCGGGUUUCUCUUGUUACAUCAUAAGCAAUAUCAUGUAAUUUUACAUAUAUUAAAUAUUAUUAUCACUAUAAGCUUUUAAGUUUAUAGUGAUAAUAAUAUUUAAUAUAUGUAAAAUUACAUGAUAUUGCUUAUGAUGUAACAAGAGAAACCCGGCUAAUGCUAUUCUUUCAUUCUUUCAUUUUUUUAAAAAAAUUGUAUAUACUUAUUCAUAUUACAUAGGCUCAAUUAACAUAGCUUACAUGCACGAGUAGGCAAAGAGUUUAAAGAUUAAGAUGUCCCACAACUGUCAAUUUGUGGUUUACUGUCUGACUCUCGGGUUAGAUAAAAUACCUGGUAAACUUUUAAAAGAUACAGAGCUGUUGUCACUCCAUUUCUUAAUCUUAUCUUCAACUUAUCCUUGGCCGAAGGAAUAUUUCCUAGUGAUUGGAAGAACGCAAGAGUAUCGCCUAUCUAUAAAUCAGGAAAUCGAGAUGAAUGCAUUCGCAGCAAUUAUAGGCCAAUAUCUAUUUUGGCU